UGAUACCCUAAGUUUAUUUUCCUUUCUUUGCGUCUGUGCGCGCAAAUUGGGAUACAAACCCUAAUUCCCAAAAAUUUUCCGAUUCCCCUAUUCUCUGAAUUGGGUUUCGCAAUUUUUCCUUCUUUCUGAAAGUUUGUCAAAACCUAGAUUUGGUACCCUCUUCGUCAACCCAAUGGCUACUCCGGCGAGGGGAGAGAGCAACAAUCCCUACGGCGACGGAUUGGGAGCCGGAGGGAAGUUCCGGAAGCGGCCGUCUCGAAGGCCUCAGACGACGCCGUAUGAUCGGCCACCGAUUUCGGUGAGGACACCUGGCCUUGCCGGAGGAGGCGGCAGAGAAAAUGGUAACGGCGGUGGAUGGAUCUCGAGAUUGGUGGAUCCGGCGCAGAGGCUUAUCACUUAUAGUGCUCAUAGGCUAUUUGCUUCGGUUUUUCGGAAACGCCUCCCGCAAGGUGAUGCUCCUUUGUUGCUACAGCAGCAACAGCAGGUUCCGGAAAAUGAAGUGAAUCUGGAGAUGGAGGGAGGUGACUCAAAGGGCGUCCAGACUUUACCCAAUAAGAAUGAAAUGAUCCAAGUGGAAGAUACCAGUGCAUUUGUUGAUAGAAGUAGUAUGAGGAUCAAGGAUGGGUUUACAGAUCUUGAGCAAAUUUUAAAGCAGAAGACUUUUACAAGAUCUGAAAUUGAUCGGUUAACUACGUUACUGCAUUCCAAAGCCGCGGGAUCAUCUAUGGGGAAGCAGGAACAGAGAGCUGAGGAAAUUAAUGUUAAGGCAUUGCCAAUGCCUUCGCAUGACAGGGAUCAGGGACGUACACAUACUAUGUCUAUGGAAAACGGGAAUCAGAAAAAAUCUGUUUUGACACCUCUUGGCAGUUCGGAUGUUCGUGAUGAGUGUCUUGCUUCACCAGCGGAGCUUGCAAAAGCCUACAUGGGCAGCAGACCUUCAGAAGUAUCUCCUUCGAUGUUGGGAUUGCGUGGUCAAGCGGGUAGAGAAGAUUCUGUUUUCUUGAGUAGAACCUCGUUUCCUUCAAAAUCUCUUAUGAUGCCAUUGGUGCCAAGGUCUUCCGGGAAGAAUCUGCUUCCUGAUAAUGGUUUUGUUACCCCAAGAGCUCGAGGCAGAUCUGCAGUUUAUAGCAUGUCCAGGACACCAUACUCUAGGGCUCAGUCAUCUGGGAAGGUUGGCUCAAUUUUGCCAGCAUCUCAGAGUACAUGGGAAGAAAGCAUACCGUCUGGAUCUAGACAAGGGGUUCAAAUGAGCCUCAAACGAAGAAUCUCAGUCUUAGACAAUGAUAUGGGAUCUGUGGGCCCUGUUAGGAGGAUCCGGCAGAAAUCUAACCUUCUAUCAAGGAGCUUGGCUUUACCUGCUUCCGGUUCUCAACAUGCUUCUUCACCAUACCAACAAGUGGGACCUAUUUUUACACAUACGUCUAAAGAAAGUGCAGAGGAUAUUCCAGGUCCAAGUUUGAAUCUUGUUCCUUCCAAGUCCAGUGAGAUGGCUUCAAAAAUACUGCAGCAACUUGAUAAAUUGGUCUCUACAAGAGAGACGUCACCAACAAAGUUAUCUCCAUCCAUGAUACAUGAGCCAGCUCUUAAAAGCCUCCAGCAUGUGGAGGCUCCAAAGUUCUUGGGGAACUUCCAAGAGAAGAAAUUGGGAGGUUCGCCUGGUUCUAGUUACCAAAAGGAAGACAGACAUAAAGAGAGUGGCUCUCAAGUGGUUUUUGCUCGUACUGAGAAGCCUUUCACUGCUGUCAAUACCAUAACUAAGACAGCUUCAAAAAAUGAUCAGGAUGCUGAUGUUAAAGGCACUUGCUUGCCGGCGACAAAUUCUAUGGAAGAGCACCCUCCAAAGAAAAGGGCAUUUCGGAUGAGUGCUCAUGAGGAUCUGGUGGAGUUGGAUGAUGAUCAUGAUGCUGCAUCUACUCCUCCAGUUGAAGUGAAGGAAAAAAUGAAUGCCUCAAAAGUGGACAGUGACACUGGUAUCAGCAAGGCCAAAUGGGAGAAACCAUUUUCUUCUUCUGAAGUCAAGCCCUUGGCAACAUUUGUUUCUAACGGUGACACUUCUUACGGUACAUCUAAUGGUACUGUCGCAACUGGGAAGAGCACCGAGAUUAAGUUCACUGCAUUUGCCACUGAAGCUGUUGCACAAGGUGAUGUGGGUGAUCAUUCAAUUUCAAAGUUUAGCAAAGGUGCUGCAACAGAGCAAUCAAUCAUUUCUCCUGCUAUAUUUAGCUCGGUGGAGAAAAUUGACUCUGUGAAAGAACCUAGGAAAGUUACUCCUGGUAUGUCUAGUGUCUUCUUUUCAUCAGGGUUGGCCAACCCGUUUGAUCAAAAGUCUGAUGCAGCUUCCGAGACCAAUUCUGGAAAGCCCAGCUUUACUUUUGGAACAUCAGAGCCUCUUACAAAACCACCUGAGUCUGGCAAAAUUGUCAGAAGCAGUGCCUCGGGAGCUGGAUCAACUACCUCAGGAUCAUCAUCGCUUAAUGGUAGUAUAUUUUCAUUUGGAGCCGCAGCUGCUAGUCCAACUCCAAAUAAGGGCUCUCCUCCUUCAACUCCUCUUUCUCCCACGAACAUAUCAGAUUUACCUUCUACAAGCUCCAUCACUCAGCCAGCUAGCUCCGAACAAUGUUUUGCUUCUACCCCUUCGACAACUGGUGUAUCCGGAAACUUGCCUGCUAGUAACAACAAAGACAGCAGCUCUGUUAGCAUUUCGAUACCUUUAGCACCCAACUUUUCUACCACACAAACUUUCAAGUUUGGGGAGUCUGCUGCAUCACUUGCAGCAUCAACGGUUUCUUCAUCCACCGAUCAGGUUUCCAAAGUUACCGGUAUCACACAUUCAACGUUUGGCAAUUUAACCAGCAUUCCAUCUGGUGGUAUAGCUUCAACAGUUCCAAGCAGUGGGAGCAGUCCUUUUGCUGAACAAUCCUCAGCAAUCAAAAGCUCAACAAGUUUCAUGUUUGCCUGCUCUUCUCCUGCCGUCACAGAUGCAGGUAGCAAUAUCUCUGGCGGGACAUCUGCUGCAGCUGGUGGAAGCACUUCAAACAAUUCUAUUACUGCGUCUCCUGCUGUUGGUAGUGGAGGAAGUAGCAUAUUUGGUGUGACAUCUUCCUGGACUUCAGCUACAGGAAGCAAUAUUUUUGCCGGCAAUUCUGCAUCAACCACUACCAGUAGUAUAUUUGGUACCUUUCCUGCUUUGACAAGCUCCGGAAGCAGCCUUUUCGGAGGCACAGCCUCGAGUACUGGUACUGGUAGUAGCAUUUUUGGUUUCACCGCUGGUGCAGCAGCUUCUGCUGCUAGCUCUCAAUCUCAGACCUCGAAUCUUUUCGGUGCAGCUAAUGCUGAGAUGGGUAACCCUGGGAGCGGAACCACGGGUUCAAUUCAAAGCCCCCCGUUUCAGUUUGGUUCAUCUGCAUCAACUCCUACAUUUGGUUUGCCUGGGAGCACCUCGACUGCAUCUAGCAGUUCUACAUUCGGAUCUUCGACCUCGGGAACUCUGCAAUUUGGCACAGGCUCAAACACUCAGCUUGGUUUGUCGCCUUUAGCAGCAAACUCUGCCAGCUCCAGUAGCAGUACUACGAUGUCUACCGUAUUUGGUUCAAACUGGCAGCCCUCCAACUCUACUCCUGCGUUUGGUUCCUCAUUUAGCUCCUCUUCAACACCCACCUUUUCUUUUGGAGGAUCCUCCAGUUCUGCCACUGGUUCAAGCACUACAGCGCCUAUUUUAGGAUCAUCUGCCAGUGCACCUUCAUCUUCAUCUUUUUUUACUUUCAGCUCAACCCCUGCAGCCACUCCAUCUCAGCCAGUAUUCGGGAGCUCAACCCCUGCAGGCACUCCAUCGCAGCCGGUUUUCGGCGGCUCAACCACUGGGUUCACUUUUGGUGCCACACCUCCGCCCGCUAUGAAUGGUAGUAGCAACAACAACGAUCAAAUGAGCAUGGAAGAUAGCAUGGCAGAGGACACUGACCAGGCAAAAACAUCUGUGGUUCCAAUGUUUGGCCAAGCAGCGGUUGCACCGCCUCAACAUCCAACAUUUGCUUUUGGAGCUGCAGCCACUCCUCCGAGUGGCGCAAGCCCGUUCCAGUUCGGAAGCCAACCGAACAACCCGUCUCCUUUCCAGGCAUCGAGCAGUCUCGAGUUCAACGGAGGAGGUGGGAGCUUCUCACUGGGAAGCACGGGGGGUGACAAGUCCGGCAGGAAAUUCAUCAGAGUGAACAAGAACAGGCGACAGAAGAAAUAAGGUACAAAACCCGAAAACGAUACACUUGCUUUGCCCUGCUUGUAUUGGCGGAAGAGUAUUCACCUCUCCCUGAGUCCAGCCCCCAGGGUAAAGGGAAGAAUACUGAGAUGGGGGCUGUAACUGUUGGCUGCUUCUGCUUGUGCCGAUUGUAGCCGUUUGUUUUUCAGAUUAUUGGCUUUGGAUGGAAUCCUCAGGUAUAAAUUUGUAGGGAAGUUUUGUAUUCUCAAAAAAAAAAAAAGAUUGAAGCAUGUAACACUAUAGAACACUGUUAUGGAAUUUUAGUCUACUGUGUACUCUCUUUUUUUUUUUUUUUUUUUUGUGGGCAGAGUAUCUGUAACAUGAAGGAGACAAGAGAGACCCCGAGUCUGAGUCGAGUCUUGUCGAGUUGCCAACUCACAAAGAUAGACCAGACACUUCUUCCUCGUUGAAGCAAAAACAUACUACAUAAAAAAAAAGAGUUAUAAAUGUUUUUCCGAUUUUAUACGUAUC